AUGUCAAAAGACGCCUUCAGUUCAGUUUUAAGAAAAAUUAUUGUCGAUUUGGAGACUGAUUGUGAUAGUCCUACCCUUUGCGAAGUCAACUUCGAUGCUUUCAUUUCUUACCUGUUGAAGGAGCUGCCAAUAAUGUCUAAAACUCGUUUGAAGCUGUCUUUAAGCCCCAAUUGGAAGCAACCGUUGACUCGUCUGGACUUCGGGUACUUCACGUUUCGUGGUGAGAGGGACUCUGCCUUUUCGGAAGCCUACAUGCAUAUUCAUGUCCUCUUCCCGAACAUGAAGAAAAUGAAGCUUGGUGUAAAAAAUUCUAGAAGAAUGUUGGGUGCUGCUGCUCAAAAGACUUUCACCGACCGCCUCCUUAUUCCGGCCAUUCGACGUGUUCUGAUUUGUUCUCGUGCAAAUCGAUCUGGUGGAUCUUAUGGCGAAGCCAUUGGUACUGGAUUUCAUAUGACGGUGCCCAAAUUUUUGCUUGGUUCGGAGCUUAAGCUCUUAGUCAAGUCUAUGCGUGAUAUUGCGAAGGAGAGCGCGGAUUUGGCCCGAAAUCGUCAUUUUGUUUUUGUGGUUUCUUCUUUCGGGUUUAAAAGCCCAAUUUAUGGUCCGGACUACACGUCCAUUCUUGAUACCAUGGUCGACUGGUCCCAACUUGACCCUCAAAGAUGCCUUAUCGACAUUGGCUUGAAUCUGUUUGCCCAAUCCGAGGAUGGCCGACCAUUGGUAUUGUAUGUAAAAGAGGAAAAAGUCGAAGCUAUGGGAAAAUUUUUUGGAGGUCCAUCCAUAAAGACCGAUUUUUACGGAAUGUCUUUGGGUUAUUUUGGUGGCUUUUCGGGGAAAGGUCGUUCCGGUAGUCUUUUUACGCCUUCGAAAGUAAUGGUAUAUAAUGAUAUCAAGUAUCCGUUCACGAUGUCCAAUCCUGGUGUAAACGGAAAGGUAUCCGGUCCAUGGAUACCCGAGGAAAUGAGAAAUACCUUUCGACAUCUUUUAAAGAAUAUGAGAUGGUAUAAUGCCCGUGUUUCCGAAUACCAAGGCCACCAGUUUACUACUCGUUUGGAGGUUCGUGUCCCGGCGAUCUCGGCUACUACGGCUUACGUCGACGUCUUGGUCGCAAAGUUGAAGUCUUCUUUUGCUGAUAAAGCCUUCAUCCAUAUAGAUUCGGGAAUUUACCUUCAGUACGUUGGUCUCAUGGCAAAUUUUCUAAGUGACUUGGCAGAAAAAUGUCUUGGUUCCGUUUUGUUGCAGUCGUUCUCCGGGUUGUAUCUCUCCGCGUACAUGCUAAAUAACUUGAUGCAUUCUGAUCAAUCUUUAACCGACUCUUCAAAUUUCGUAUCAUCAAGCAGAUGUGAUAAAAACAGGUUGUGUUUUUUGCCUGGUGCGUUUGCUGUCGAUGGCGACAGAGUCAUGUUUGGGCACACAUUCGAUUCUACUUGUAUUCAACAGGCAUUUUUCCGACUGCGCACACAAAAUUUAAACACCUUCUAG